AUGAUUCCCAUGCACAAAACCGUAACCAACAAGGCGUCAAGUCUUUGCAACGAUACUUACCUGAUGCAGGGAAAGAGAGUCUUCAUCAAGGAUAUUAUCCACUACCUUCUUCCCCCCGACGGCAAGCCUGCCAGCAUUGCCCCCUCACUCCAGAGGAUCAAACGCGGAGUAGGCACCGAUGAACCAACCACCAGCGAAGAAAACGGCGUGGCCAACGGCCACGUCGAGCAGGGCAACGGCCUGGACCAGACCGGACAGAACGGUCACACCAAGUCCCGGACCGGUGAGCCCUACCCGUACGACACGGAGCCUGAACCGGGCAAUCCCACCGUGAUGCCCAAGGAGCUCCUGUCGCGCUUCCACUUCGCCUUCCUCAUCCGCGAUCCGCACUUCAGCGUCCCCUCAUACUACCGCUGCACCAUCCCGCCCCUGGACGACGUCACAGGCUUCUACACGUACGAUCCCCUCGAAGCCGGGUACGACGAGGUGCGCCGCGUCUUCGACUACCUGCGCAGCGAACACCUGAUCGGCCCGCACAUCGCCACGCGCGAGCAGGACGCCAACGAGCUCACCGACAACCAGAAACCACAGCCCGUUGUCCCCGGGCUCGGCGUGGGCCACGAGUCCGGUGCGGAGAUCUGCGUCGUCGAUGCGGACGAGAUGCUCGAGAAGCCCGCCGCCAUGAUCGAGGCGUUCUGUCGCAGUGUCGGGCUCGAUUACGAUCCCUCCAUGCUGUGCUGGGACACCGAGGCGGACCACCAAAUUGCGCGGGACGCGUUCGAGAAAUGGCGCGGCUUCCACAACGAUGCGAUCGAGUCGAAGGGCCUGAUGGCGAAGAAACCUCACCCACCCAAAUCCGAAGAAAAGUUUGACGCUGAUUGGCGCGAGAAGUACGGGCCCGAGGCGGCGGCUCGCAUCCGCGAGGCCGUAGACCGCAACAUGCCGGACUACCUGUACCUGAAGCAAUUCGCCAUGAAAGUGUAG